UCAUCACUGCAUGGCUGGACUACUUGCCCCACCCUAUGGUGUGAUGGAAAGCAGUUGUAAUGCUGACAGGAUGCCUGACAAAGAAAACAUAAGCAACAACUCAUUUGCUGUUUCCAGACCUCUGAACAAGAAGUCAUUCAUUGACAGUCCAGCCAAACCCCACCCUAAAUGCUUUUCUCAGGUCCCCUCUGAGAAGAUUCUCCACGCGGGGAAGAUUCUCCGUAACGCCAUCCUCUCCAGGGCGCCUCACAUGAUCAGAGACAGAAAGUACCAUUUGAAGACGUACAGGCAGUGUUGCGUGGGCACAGAACUGGUUGACUGGCAAAUGCAGCAGAGCUCGUGCGUCCACUCUCGUAUUCAGGCUGUAGGCAUGUGGCAGGUGCUGCUGGAAGAAGGUGUUCUCAACCACGUGGACCAGGAGCUGAGCUUCCAGGACAAGUACCUUUUCUACCGCUUCCUUGACGAUGAACAGGAGGAUGCCCCUUUCCCCACUGAGGAAGAAAGAAAGGAGAGCCAAGAGGAGCUACAGGACACUCUGCUGCUUCUCUCGCAGAUCGGGCCCGAUGCCCAUCUGAGGAUGAUCCUGAGGAAACCUCCAUCUGAAAGGACAGCAGAUGAUUUGGAGAUCAUUUAUGAGGAGUUGCUUCAUAUUAAGGCCUUGUCACACCUCUCCACCACUGUAAAGAGAGAGCUAGCAGGAGUGCUGAUCUUUGAGUCCCAUGCAAAGGCGGGAACAGUGUUGUUUAAUCAAGGGGAGGAGGGCACAUCCUGGUACAUCAUUUUAAAGGGCUCAGUCAAUGUUGUCAUCUAUGGAAAGGGUGUUGUUUGCACUCUUCAUGAAGGGGACGACUUUGGGAAGCUGGCUCUCGUCAACGACGCCCCCCGUGCCGCCUCCAUUGUCCUGCGAGAGGACAACUGUCACUUCCUGAGAGUCGACAAGGAGGACUUUAACAGGAUUUUGAGGGAUGUGGAAGCCAACACUGUUCGACUGAAGGAGCACGGUCAGGACGUUCUGGUGUUAGAGAAGAGCCUCAGCAGCAGUCGCAACUCUGUCCAGGGAUCCUCGUCCUCCCAUUACAAAUACAAGGUAAUGUCUGGGACGCCGGAGAAGAUUUUGGAGCACCUCCUUGAAAUGAUGCGAUUGGAUUCUCAAUUCACAGAGUCAGACUCAGCCUUAGAUGACUUUGUGCUCAUGCACUGUGUCUUCAUACCAAACAGUCAGCUAUGCCCAGGGUUGAUGUCCCACUACCAUGCCCUGGCCUCACAGGGCAGUGAGCAGGAGAAGCUGGACUACACACUUAACAACAAGCGCAGGGUCAUCCGGCUGGUGAUGCAAUGGGCUGCUGUACACGGAGAUCACCUGCAGGAAGAGGAUGUCUCAGUGAUGUUCCUGGAGGAGUUUCUCAUGGCAGUAUCUAAUGAUGCCAAAGCACUUCCAGCCCUCAGGGAUCAACUAACAGAACUGGAAAGAAUUGUAAAGCUCAAUGCUGGAGAUGCCAGAUCCUCACAGAAAAAGCACAAAGUCCUGCUGCGGCAGUUCAGUGUGGGAGAUGAGAAGCUUCAGAAACGUCAGCCCAUCAGGAGUAGCGAUGAAAUUCUGUUCAAAGUGUACUGCUGUGACCACACCUACACCACAAUCCGGGUCCCUGUAUCCGCCUCAGUCAGGGAGGUCAUCGGCGCUGUGGCCGACAAGCUGGGGUCAGCAGAGGACCUGCUCCUGGUCGGCCUCAGUUCAGCAGGAGAGAAAACCAUUUUCAAGCCCAACGAUGUGUCCGUGUUCUCCACACUCAGCAUAAAUGGACGGCUGUUUGUCUGCCGGAGGGACCAGUUGGAUUCUUUGACCCCUUUACCUGAGCAGGAGGGUCACUGUACAGGCUCACUGGCCAGCUUUGAGUUGAUGAGCUCUAAGGAUGUGGCUUACCACAUGACUUCCUAUGACUGGGAGCUUUUCCACUGUGUACAUGAGCUUGAGCUCAUCUACCACACAUUUGGGAGACAAUACGUGAAGAAAACCACCGUGAACCUGGACCUGUUCCUGCGGAGGUUCAAUGAAAUUCAGUUUUGGGUGAUCACUGAGAUGUGUUUAUGUCCCCAGCUGAGCAAGCGAGUGCAACUCCUUAAGAAGUUUAUCAAGAUUGCUGCCCACUGUAAGGAGUACAGAAAUCUGAAUGCCUUCUUUGCUAUCAUUAUGGGCCUGAGUAACCCGGCCGUGAGCAGACUGUGUCAAACCUGGGAGAAACUUCCCAGCAAAUUCAAGAAGUUUUAUGUGGAAUUUGAAAACUUGAUGGAUCCGUCCAGGAACCACCGGGCGUACCGGCUGACAGUAGCCAAACUGGAACCUCCCAUCAUUCCUUUUAUGCCAUUGCUGAUCAAAGACAUGACAUUUACUCAUGAGGGCAACAAAACAUUUAUCGAUAAUUUGGUCAAUUUUGAGAAAAUGCGGAUGAUAGCUAACACAGUGAAAAUAGUGAGAUACUGUAGGAGCCAGAGAUUCGGCCCAGAGUCACCACUGCCAAACAAGAACCACCCGGAUGUUUGGACUUACGUGCGUCAGCUCAACGUGAUCGACAACCAAAGGAUGCUAACUCAGCUCUCUCAUGGACUCGAGCCCCGCAGGUCUUGAGACCUAUUCAGGGACAAAAGUAUUACGCAAAGAUGCUACUCCAUGACAUGGACCUGAUGUUGUAUCAGAUAAUAUAUUGUUACAGAAGCCUGACUUGUUAAGCCUUUUAUUACAGUCAUUUGUGAUAUUUUAGCAGUAAUUGUCGGCAGGUGACGUAUCUCCUCAUAUCAUUGUCGUGCAGAUAUCACAUGAAGCAGCAUGAAGAAAUGAUGUUUUGCGGGUGGGUGGGGUGCUCAUUCAUCAGAUUGUGUAAGCUCUAUUCAUUUGUUUCAUAUAUUUUGUAUCAAACAAUAUUUAUACAUAUUUAAGUUUUUAAGAAUCUUGUGUUGGAAAUUGUAUACAGAUAUUUAUUUUGAUGGCAGCAUG